UGGUAGUAGAAACAACAAACUCUCCUCUCCUUCUCACCCUCUUCCUACUUCACUAUUUUACUUCUUAAAUCCUAUAAAUACAUCAAAUCUUCAUCAUUUUUUUCUCACUCAUCUUAUUCAUUCAUCUCUCUCUCUUAUCAUUCAUAUUUUUCAUAUUUUCACCUAUAACCAACCUUUCUACUCACUCACAUACUAAACAUGGAAAUUACCACUUUGUUUUUCUACUUUGCUUCUUUUCUCUUCAUUGUUCUGUUCAAAUCACUCAUCAAAAACUUCUUAUUUCCUUCUAAUGGAAAACAAUUGCCUCUACCUCCUGGUUCUAUGGGUUACCCUUACAUAGGAGAAACCUUUCAAAUGUAUUCUCAAGACCCUAGUCUUUUCUUUGCCAACAAAAUCAAAAGGUAUGGUGCUAUGUUCAAGUCUCACAUUUUAGGUUGUCCUUGUGUGAUGAUUUCAAGUCCAGAAGCAGCAAAAUUUGUGUUAAACAAAUCUCAACUUUUCAAACCAACAUUUCCAGCUAGCAAAGAAAGGAUGUUAGGGAAACAAGCAAUUUUCUUUCAUCAAGGAAAUUAUCAUGCUAACCUAAGAAGACUUGUUCUUCGUUCUUUCAUGCCUGAAGCCAUCAAAAGCAUUGUUCCUAAUAUUGAAUCCAUUGCACAAACUUGCCUCAAAUCAUGGGAUGGAAAUUUAAUCACCACUUACCUUGAAAUGAAAACAUUCACCUUCAACGUUGCACUUCUAUCAAUUUUUGGAAAAGAUGAAAUUCUAUAUAGAGAAGAUCUAAAAAGAUGUUACUACACACUUGAGAAAGGGUACAAUUCAAUGCCAAUAAACCUACCAGGAACACUAUUUCACAAGGCAAUGAAAGCAAGGAAAGAGCUUGCACAGAUCUUAGAACAAAUCAUCUCAACAAGGAGGUGCAAAAAGCAAGUUUACAAUGAUUUAUUAGCUUCUUUCAUGGAUGAGAAAGCAGGACUUAGUGAUGAACAAAUAUCAGAUAAUAUCAUUGGUGUUAUUUUUGCUGCUCGUGACACAACUGCUAGUGUGCUUACGUGGAUUGUGAAGUACCUUGGUGAAAAUCCUAGUGUCCUUGAAUCAGUCACAGAAGAACAAAUGUCUAUAAUAAAGGGGAAACAAGAAAAUGGUGAAGAAAUUGGUCUAAAUUGGGAAGACACAAAAAAUAUGCCAAUAACUUCAAGGGUUAUACAAGAAACUCUAAGAGUGGCAUCAAUUUUGUCUUUUACAUUUAGAGAAGCAACAGAAGAUGUUGAAUAUCAAGGGUAUCUUAUACCAAAAGGAUGGAAAGUAUUGCCACUUUUCAGAAAUAUACAUCACAGUCCAGAGAAUUUCAAAGAGCCAGAAAAAUUUGAUCCUUCAAGAUUUGAGGUUGCUCCAAAACCUAAUACUUUCAUGCCAUUUGGAAAUGGGGUCCAUGCAUGUCCUGGCAAUGAAUUAGCAAAGUUGGAGAUUUUGGUUCUUGUACAUCAUCUAACCACAAAGUACAGGUGGUCUGUGGUCGGUGAAAAGAACGGAAUUCAGUAUGGUCCUUUUGCUCUUCCUCAAAAUGGGUUACCAAUCAACUUAUAUUCCAAGAAAUAAAAAAAUAUGAACCAAACAUAAAGAUGGAGGCUGGUCAAAUAUAGCAAGGAAUCAACUUUCUAAAUUUGGAAUGGUUUCAAAAGUAUGUUAAUGAAUUUGAUUAAACUUUGACCAGAAAAAGUUGUGAAGAGGAGAGACCAUAUAACAAAUACCUAAACAAAGGGAUAUCAAACUUUAUUCCCUUUAAAUUUUGGCCAAGAGACACCCCAAAGGGGCAAUUUUGACUUUUGAAUUAAUUGCACAAACUAGGAGUCAAGUGUACAGAGGUUACAUUACAUAGCCAGAGCUAAGCUAACAGUGUAAAUAACCUCUUUUCAUUCAUUUUUGUUUUUAUUUUUUUGGUUCAUAGUUUUUUUACAUUUAUUUUUUAUUUUAGGAUAUAUUGAGGAAAAGUCCUCAAUAGAUUGGAUUAGAUGUAAUGAAGUAACUAGCUUUGUAUCCACAUGAAUGUUGCAAUUCAAAAAAAAAUAAUGAAGCUGUAACAUUUCAAUUCUUUAACAUUGACAAACUUUUUUUUCUCCAAA